AUGGAAAUGAUCAAUACAGUAGCAGCAUCUUUUUUAUUAAAAUAUUUCACCUUAUUAAUUAAAACACCAGAGAAUUUAAAGGAUUUCUAUCACCAAAAUUCAAAAAUUACAAGAAGAUUCGAGAAUGGUAAAGCAAACAUCUUAACUAGCUAUGAUAAUAUUAAUGAAUUUUUAGUUAAUAAUUCAGCAAAGUUUGGAGGUAAUGCAAAUAUUUCCUCUAUUGAUUGUCAACCAUUAGGUGAAUCGAUCUUUAUGACAUGUAUUGGUUCAAUUGGUUUCGAUGGUAAUGUUAGAAGAUUUUUACAAAGUUUCUAUUUAGAAAAGAUUCAAGGUUCAUUCUUUAUCUCUAAUGAUAUUUUUGCAUUCACUAGCGAUGAAGUUUUUACUGUUGCCAUUGAACAACCAGAUGAAGCUUCAAACAUUGAACAAGACUAUCAACAACAACAACAACAAACUGUAGAGGUUGAAUCUACAACCACAACUACUACAACCACAACUGCUAUAGUUGCUGCAUCUCCAACUGUUGAUGCUGAAAUUGUUAAACAACCUGAAGAACCAGUAAAGGUUGAACAACCACCAACACCAAAAGCCUCAAAUGUUGAACAAAUCAUUGAAACUACAUCAACAACCACAACAACAACAACUGCUGCCGCUGCUGCUGUUACUACUAUCAAUGCAUCAACAUCAACUCCAACACCAACAGAAACAAAAGCUGUUGAAACCACUAAAAAACCAGAACCAACCACCAACACCACCACCAACACCACCACCCCAGCUGAAAAACCAAAAGAAACCACUCCAGCUCCUCAUCAAAAGCAAACUUGGGCUCAACUAGUUUUAAUUAAUAGCACAGCACAAACAGCAUCAGCCUCAGAAGAACCAACUCAAUCAUCAUCUUCAUCUUCAUCUCAACCAUCAUCUUCACCAUCAUCUUCAUCAUCUUCAGUAAACAACAACAGCAACACCACCACCACAACCAACAACACCACCACUACCACAACUGCUAAUAAACAAAAAGAUGAUCAUCAUUUCUCAAAAGAUGGUAACACAGUUUUCAUUAGUUUUAAGAGUUCCAAAGUUGAUCAAGCACCAAUUAAAGAGGCAUUCAAUCAAUUUGGUGUUGUUUCCAAUGUUAGAAUUCUUACCGGUUAUGGAUUUGUUGAAUUUGAAAAACCUGAAUCAGUCCAAAAUGCUUUAAACUAUGCAUCAACUCAUAGUAAUAAAAUUAAUGUUGCUGGUAAUAUAAUUAAAGUCGAAGAAAGAAGAGGUGCUUUACCAACUGGAAAACAACAACAGCAAUCACCACCAUCAUCAUCAUCAUCACCUUCAUCAUCACAACCAUUAAAACAACAACCACAACAACCAUAUAAAAGACAACCACAAAAUAAUGGCGCAAUUAAUUUAAAAUAUAAUAAUCAACAAAAUAAACCAAAUUUAAAUGGUAAUAAUAUUAAUAAUAAUAAUAAUAAUAAUAACAACAAUAAUAGUAAUAAUCAAAAUAAUUUUAGAAAACCUCAAAAAGUUGAUAAUAAAAAAGAAGCAUCCAAAUAA